GCUAAUGUACUUUGAAUAUUCUACAGGAAAAGGUGGCUUCCAGACAUACGGUGAACAUGCAGGCAGUGCUGUUGGCGAUUUUAUUUGUGCUAAUAAAAGAAUGUUAUAGUGCAGAGUGCGAAGGAAAGAUAUGUGUGCGAAAGUGUUGUCCCGACAACCAGUACAUAACUGGCAUAAAGAAAUGUGCAAAUUCCUCCGAAGAUCUGGAUCUCAACAGUUUCGAUGUUUACGAUGAUCAAUUAUCCCGCAUCGGAGACUUGAAACAGUACUUUAGAAUCAAACCUGGCGCUUUCAAUGAUGUUGCUUUCAAGGAAAGGGCAACAUGGGUACCUGGGUUUUACUUGAUGGAGAAUGGCAGCGUGAUUGUCCCCAGAAAAGACAACAAGGGUAACAAGAUUCUGAUCAUGUAUAACAACGAAGAUAACGAUUAUUGCAUAGACUAUAAGCUGAAAAAGAAUUCGUCUUCACACAAGGUCGUGCUGCUAAUGAGGGUCGUUGGGAAUCAACAAACCCCGUUUUUAGUAUACAGUUUGCCUAUAUCAUCUUUCUUCCUGUUUCUGGUCUUGGUAGUAUACGCCCUCCUGCCAGACCUCAGGAAUCUUGGCGGGUUGGUGUUGAUGGGCUACGUAGGGAGCAUGCUCCUUGCCUACCUAUUCUUAUUUACCAUUCAGUCGGAAUUCUUUCAAUUGAGUGUGUCUUCUUGCAUAACAAUAACGCUUCUAAUAUGCUACUUCUUUCUGGCAACAUUCUGCUGGAUGAACGUGAUGUCCUACGAUAUAUGGUGGACAUUCAGGGGGUAUGCCAAAGCACGGCCUAUACAUCGACGCGGGGUGCGUUUCAAAUACACAAUGUAUUCUAUGUAUGCUUGGGGAGUGCCAUUGGCACUGACCAUUUUGACGGGAGCAAUGAACAGCGCAGACAGUAAAAAACUGCCAGGUGUCAUCAAACCAGCUAUACCUCUAAAGGGGUGUUUCAUUCAAGGGGAAGCGAAAUUGGUAUACCUUUACAUACCGAUGCUGAUAAUGAUAAUCGUUAACUGGAUGUUCUACCUAAUGACGGCGUUCAACAUCUGGCGUUUGAGCCGCGGGAAUAAAGUUUUGGACUCGGCUGACUCGGCAACUUCUGGCACUGCAUCGGCACGACGCACUAACAAAGAAAGGUAAGAAAUAAAAAUUGAUAAGGAAAUUGUUUUCUUACAUACGUACAUUACAUAGCCACCCUUUGCGUAAAAGGGUGGCUAUAAUGUCCAUUUUCCUUAACAAUACCUAACUAAGUAAUCCCAUAAAAGAAGGAAGGUCCGCUAGGCUGCCUGUUAUGUUUACAGAUACCGAUCCUUAAGAGCGGACACAAGCUGAGAGACAUUUGAGAAAUAGGUAUUUGAAAAAACCAUUGCUGUCACGCAUUGGCAAAUACUGUGUGAUAGGGACAACAGUAACGCUGAAAAUUGCGUAAAAGAAUUGCUAAAUUCGAGGUUUGGAUUUCCUCCUCGAAAAUUAAACAUUCCUUGUUUACCUCAAGCUUUCAGCUCUAAUGGGGCUCAGUUGGAUCCUGGAGGUGGUGAGCUCUUUCACGAAGAAACAUUUUCUGUGGCACUUCACAGACGCGUACAAUAUAUUCAUGGGGCUAAUGAUCUUCAUCAUCUUCGUUUGCAAGAGGAAAAUAUUCAAACAGUUACAGAACAGUUGCUAUUCGUGUUUCCAGAUUCAAGCAGCCGAGCCUGGGUCACCAGGUGUCGUCGAGCUUUACCAGCCGAUCCCACAGCACGCUCGAGUCGAAUCCUCUCAAUAUGCCACUGAAGCCCCAAGGGAUCCGUUAUCAGGCUUAAUUAAGAAAUAACCAAGUUCUUAGCAUGAUGUAGAGAUACAUAAAUGUAGGUGUAUAUCGAUGUCUAUAGCAUAUCAUUUUACAGAGGACCGUUUGGCUAUGGUACCGCCGGCGAUGAAUAAAAUUAAAAUAUAUUCUCUGUCUUUACUUACUCGUCGCUAUGGUUGGCAGGCAUAUGUCAAAAUUCUAAAUCUACAUUCGCCUACGCUUUUUGCAAUUUUAGUUACAAGCAGUCUAGUCGGCAAAAAUGUAUAUAUUUCGUAUUAUUAUACGAUAAUAAGUCCAAGACUAAUAAAGGUCUCAAUCCCGGUUUAAGCUGGGAUUAUUUUGAACAAUAUUAAAACAAAUAUAUUUCCUUAGCUAUUAACCGACUUUCAACUCAGUAAAGAAAACCAGCUUUUAUUAUAAUUUAUGUCUGGUUUGUUCAUAGGCUUAUUUUGUGUAAUAAAUCCAUGAGUUGGUUAUAAGUAUUAUGAUUUCUGUUAACCUUGUAUAAAAAUUACCUGUCUUUCCGUGUGGGGCCCAAGCACAAACUUUGACAAAUCUGUAAUAGUAUCGCCUCGUCAAUAUUUCUAUGAAUACUAAGCAGCGCCUCUACCAGACGUAAGAAGAAAGUGGCUUCUUCCAUACAAAAUAUGAUGAUGACCAUAUGAUUAUGGAUCUGUCCAAGUUCGUGCUGGGCCUCAGAGCGACGAAUGAUGUUACUUGACAUUUAAUGUAUGCUUUUUAAGUUCAACAGUAUUACCUAAAGCAUUUUGUUGUACCUAUCAGCAGUCAUAGAUACCUAAAUGAAUGAAUCAAACAGAACCACUAAGUUAGACCACAAAGAGAAACAUUGAAUAAUUAAUUUCAUACCAAGGUUAAAUCAAUAAAAUGGGUUAAAUGAUAAAAUACAAGAACAAUAAAUUCACAAUGUGAAAUCUCUGACAUUUUACUUUGGAUUAACACCAAAUUUUAAUAAAACGUUCGGUACGUACGCCUCAUACUCAACUGUCAGUUUUUGCCGCAUUUGACAAGUACGCUGGCGGUAUCGAGUUGAGCGAAGCUAGACCAAUCAUUUAUCUAUGACAGCAGUUUUAAGAAGUCUGAAGAAAGUGGGGUCGAUUCUGGCAUGAUUCCCUACCUAAACUUAAAAGUAAAUUUAACAUCAGUCUCUCUUUUUCGUUUUGUAUAGAGAAUGACAAGGAUACACUGUUCUCAAGUUUAGGUUUAGAGAAUCAUGUCAGAAUCGGCACCAUUGUGUAUAUGUGUUACUAAAUUAAGCAAUUUUUUGUAACGCUCUUUUUUUGUACUGUUUUUGUUUUAAUAGAAGUCGAUGAUGAAUUGUGAGUAAUGCUUGUGUAAUGUAAUGUUACCCAUAAUAUGUGAUAAAUAAAUUAUUUGUGUAAAAGACAAGUUACUUGCCACAUUCCUAUCAAUAAAUCACAUCACUGUUUUAUUUAUGGUAAGGGUAGCGAUAGCCAUAGCAAUCCCGUUUGGCGAAAGUCCUCCAGCCCCUUCCAUAAAUAGUCACUUUGAAGGUACCACAAUCAAAAUCACACAGUAGAAGUAGUAGAAAAGUAGACAGUACAAAUUCCUACGCACAUGGUUCGUCAAUAUCAGAAGCAGUCAUGGUUACUGUGCUGGCAAUCAGUGUGUGAAAGCUCGUAACUGAGAGCGUGUUGCUUUCGUUGUCUGAUGACGAUUCCCUCUCGUGUUCCCGAUCCUGAGCCGUCUUGGCCUCAAAAUUACUCAGUAUGUCUGCUACAUCAACGAAUCCAUCGAAACCCCUGGGUACUGCACGCAAAUUCUCGUGGGAAUUCUUUAGAAUACGGUUAGGACCGUCGCUGGAUUUCACGAAGACAUAGACUCCCCCAGAGAAACGCCUAACUCGGGCUUUGCUUUUAUUAAAUCGGACAACAUCCUUUUGUGCCGCUUUUUCGAUCUUUUUGAAGCUAUUGUACUGCAAGCCGGGCUGUAGCAGUAGCUGACAGUUACCGACUCGUACUUGGGGGUGGAGGAAGUUACACGUAGGCGUAGGAAUCUUGACGGCGAUAGUGGACUGUAGCUUCGGUGAAUAAAACUCCCAGUGUUAGGUAUUGAAGAAAUCCACCGCGCCCACUGAUUGGUGGGCGCUGGUAAUGGAUGGCCGGUGAGAGGAGGCUUCAGGUCCAGAGUGAACCGCUUUUCUCUUCCUGUUCCUUUAGGGUAGCGCCUGUCGUUAAUGCAUGUCGGAGCCUGUACCGACUCGAAUUUUAUAUGCGCG